GUAGGUUCUCUUAAUGCAUUUCUGUUCUUCCGUGUUUAGUGCUUUAAAAAACAGCGCAUCAGCGAUCCUGAAGCAGCAUCAGCAGAAGAAUGUCUCAUCAGACCGGGAUCCAGGCCGCACUAGAAGUAAAAGAGGUUUUUGCUAAAGCCCGAAACGGGGAGUAUCGUCUCAUUAAGGUGGUCAUUGAUAAAGAACAGCUUGUGCUGGGAGGAACCAGACCAGCAGUCCAGAGAUGGGAGCAGGAGUGGGACAGUUAUGUCCUGCCCCUCUUAGAAGAUAGCAUGCCUUCCUACCUCCUGUAUAGGCUUGAUAAAACCAAUAACCAGGGCUAUGAAUGGAUCUUUCUAGCCUGGUCACCAGAUCAUUCCCCUGUGAGGCAGAAAAUGCUGUAUGCUGCUACACGGGCCACCCUGAAGAAAGAAUUUGGUGGCGGGCACAUAAAAGAGGAGCUGUUUGGAACUGUAAAGGAUGAUGUGUCGCUGAAUGGCUAUAAGAGGUACUUGACUUCCCAGGCUGCCCCUUCCCCACUGACUGCUGCUGAAGAGGAACUGAGGCAAAUCAAACUCACUGAGGUGCAGACAGACGUCCACAUCGACACAAAGCACCAGACUCUACAGGGCGUGGCUUUUCCAAUGCAGAGAGAUGCUAUUCAGGCUCUGGAGCAGUUCAGAGAGAAAAGGAUUAACUAUGUUCAACUUGAAAUAGACUUUCAAAAGGAGUCCAUUAAGUUGUCCAGUGCAGCUUUAACAGAGAUUAGAGACCUGCCCAAACAAAUCCCUAAAGAUGCUGCACGCUACCACCUCUUUCUCUACAAACAUUCACAUGAAGGAGAUUACCUGGAGUCUGCAGUGUUUAUCUACUCAAUGCCUGGUUACAAAUGUAGCAUUCGGGAGAGGAUGCUGUACUCCAGUUGCAAAAACUCCCUGUUGGACACAGUUGAAAGAAACCUGAAUAUUGAAAUUGAAAAAAAGCUGGAGAUCGAUAAUGGUGAUGAGCUUACCAGUGAUUUCCUGUAUGAAGAAGUGCACCCCAAGCAGCAUGCACACAAACAAGCCUUCGCAAAGCCCAAGGGUCCCAUGGGAAAGCGGGGAGGACGGAGAAUCACACGGGCACCAGGGGAGGCUGGAGAAGACGAUUAAUGGCCUGCACUUCUGUUUUAGCUGUUCUAGCUCAACAAUGGUAUAGCCUACUUUCUUCACAAGCCAUUGCUAGACUAGCUUGCAGCUAUAUUAGCCCUAUUCAAAUUCGAUAUGUUUAUCAGACAUCCAUUUUUACAAACACUCCUAUUUGGACAGUAAUGAAACUCCGGUGGAGAAGUGAUUUUAGUGGGCAUAUUGGGAACUAUUUUAUUGGCUUAUUUUAUUGGAUCCUUUACAAUUUAGCUAUUUAAUGAACUGACACAACUGCUCACCGUGUUCCUGGACUAAAUGUCUCAUGAUAGUGUGUUAUUAAUAAGUAAUACUACUUGUAGCUGUUAAAACCAACACUUUAAUCAGGUGCAAGAUUAGCUUGGAUGAAAUUUAAUUUAAUGUACAGUAAAUGUUUACAAAUUGUUACUAAUAUAUCAUAUUUAUACAAUGUAAAAAUUGUUAAAGGGCGGCAUGGUGGCACAAUGGGUAGUGCUGUUGCCUCACAGCAAGAAGGGUUUGGGUUCGAUUCCCCAGCUGGGCGACCAGGGUUCUGUCUGUGUGAAGUUUGCAUGUUCUCUUUGUGUCUGUGGAGAUUUUCUCUCAAAAGUCCUAAGACAUGCAGUCAGACUAGAAAUUGAAUUAGAAGUGUGUGUGUGUGUGUGUGUUUAUUCCCUGCCUGCCGCCCAGUGAAUCGAACCCUUUGUGACCCUGACCAGGAUAAAUCGACGAUAAAACAGAUAAUGAAGUAAUGAAUGAAAAGAAUUGUUAACCAGUAGGUGGUAGGUCAGUAAAUGUGGCGAUUGUAAGUAAUUUAAAUAAACAGUUCCCAUUUCAGUGCAACAUAAAAAAAUUAUUGGGGUGGCUCAGUGGGUAGCACUGUGGGCUCGUAGCAAGAAGGUCCUGGGUUCGAUCUGUAUGAUCGAUUUCUGUCAUGAAUGUAACCAAAGUGUGUAAAACAUGACAUUAAAAUCUAAAUUAAUAUAUAAAUAAAUACAAAAUAAUUCAUUCGAGUGGUACUAAAAUGAUCAGACCACCACCGUGAGUUUUACAGGGGACGAGGAAGAAAAUCACUGCAGCAGUUGUAAAAACACAAGUGAACCUGGGUCCACCUGAUAAACAAAUUGAAUUUGAACUGGGCUGUAGAUUCUCUGCGCAAUAAAUAAAACGCUAAUGUAGGAUGCAGACCUGUUGAUCGCAAUGCAACUAUUUUUUGUACACUGUUUACUUUGGAAAUGGACUUGCAUCUCAAGCACAUGGUAAAAUUAAGUGAAGGAUGUAGAAUUCAUGUUUUUAUUUCAAGGUAGGUCUAUAUUCACAAAGCAUUACAAAAUAAUUAAAUAAUUAUUAAA